UGAACGAAACGGGCACGCCCUCAAUUUUUUGUUCAAUUCAUUAGAACUUAUGAUAAAAUGACGAAAAUAGUCACAAAGUUUCUUUUAGAAAAAUAAGUUUUACAUAAGUUAGAUGUUGUCAGACAUGAAAUUUUCUAGCGAUAUUUAAGAGUUUUCAUUAAAUAAAGCAAAGUGUCAAAGAUGAUUGUUGGCAGUACACACUCCAUACUCUUAUUCUUAGUGACAAGUUUUAUUUCUCAUACUAGAUCAAUUUGUCCGAUCAACUGUGUGUGUCAUUUGGACCGAGUGCCUUGGAGUGUUUCAUGUUCUAACCUGGAUCUUGAUGAAUUCCCUGAUAAAAUCAGUAGUUUGGUGGAAUAUCUUGAUCUAUCAGGAAAUAAUUUGAGAUUAUUACCAGCAGAUAUUGGACGACUUUCAGAAUUAAAGCAAAUAUUAUUAUCAAAAAAUAAAUUAAAUGAACUACCAGAAGAAUUAGAAAAUUUACGAAAACUGGAAAAACUUGAUUUGAAUAAUAAUAAUAUUUCUGAUGUUAAUGGAGGUCUUGAUGUCAUUUCAAGACUACCAAAUUUACGACUCCUUCAUAUAAAAAACAAUCCAAUAACGAAUUUAGAGGCUCUGAAAAAUCCUUCACUUCGAAUUUUGGACGUCAGCCAAUGUUUGAUUAGUAAAUUAAGUAAUGAAACACUGUUAUAUUUUCCACAACUAAUUUCUUUAAACCUACAUGGAAAUCCACUGAAGUCAAUCGAUCACAUAAGGAGUGAAAGGCUCAAAUGGCUAGAUUUAUCGUAUUGUAUGUUGAAUUAUCUGUAUCCAGAUACUUUCCAAGGAGUACCAGAGCUCGAGCAACUUCGUUUGUCCAACAAUCCAGUUCUUGUUUAUAGUAGCAGAAAAGAAACACUAAGACAUGAUAAACUCAAAAAGCUAGACGUUUCUAACUGCAAUUUAGAUCGUCCAGGAACUCAUGGGCUUCCAGCAUUAACCCACGUGAUUCUUUCUCAUAACAGAAUUCGAUUUCUGCCAAAUCGAAUAUUCUCAAGAAACAAAAUGCUCAUACACUUAAACCUAAAUGACAAUGGAUUAAGUUUAGUUAAUCAAAGUUCAUUCAUUGGAAUGCCAAAAUUAGAAGUAUUAGAUUUAUCCCAUAACACUUUGGAGAUUUUACCUGCAUUAAUGCUCCAAGAUAACAUCAAUCUACAUUUACUUAACUUGUCAUUUAAUGACAUCAGAGAAUUUCCAACAAACUUUACAACAACUGCUGUAACGAUUGAUUUAUCUUAUAAUUUAAUUGAGUAUCUUCCAAAAGAAAGCUUAAUGUACAUGCCAAGGAUUAAAAGUUUGGAUUUAAGUAAAAAUCAAUUGGAGACAUUUGCUUCAGGUGUGAAAUCUCAGACUUUGAAAACUCUAAUUCUGGAGGGUAAUCGAUUGGUUAGAUUAUCUAAUCAAAGUUUUACUUAUCUUCCUUCUUUAACGUGGCUUGAUUUAUCCGGAAACAGAUUAACAGAAGGAAUUGAUUUAGAAACAUUUGCAUAUAAUCCAAACCUACACACAGUUCGUUUGCAUGACAAUCCUUGGCGUUGUGAUUGUCAACAGCUGUACCCAAUAUAUUAUUAUUUAACACGAUCAUCGAAAACCAAUCCCUCAAGUUUAAUCUGUGAAAGUCCGAGUAAUGUAUCAGGUUACUCAUGGUCAACAUCAUGUCAAGUAACUUGGGGAAAAGGUGUUAAAGAUGUUUGGGAUAAUGGUUUGAAAGCUUCCAAGUCAGAAAGGGUUUAUGGACUUGUGCUUAUGAGCCUAUUAAUUAUAAUUUUAAUUUUUGGAAGCAUUGUAUCGAUUGGGCACACUAUAAAAGAAAAGAGACGUCAAGCAUUGUUGAGAGUACGUGAAGCAGAACGAGCUGAAGCACGAGAAAGGUUAUUACUCCAUCGAAGAAAUCAACGAGAAGAAUCAAGACAUCAAGAAAACAUCCCUAGAGUCCAUCCAGACGAAUUAAUUGGUCCUCCAACAUACGAAGAAGCAGUGCAGAUGCCGAGACUUGUAAGAUCUCUUGAUAAUCUUGAUUCAAUAUCAGUCGCAGAAGGUCUGGGACAAUCUGCGCAGUCUCUUGACAGAGAUGCAUACGCUCGAAAACGACGAAGGCAACCCAGAAAAAGAACAGUGAAACGUGCAAGAAGUGAAGAUGAUCUUGAGGAACAACAUGAAGAUAGAAGUCGAAGUACAAAAAAAAUUAAAUCCAGAUCUAGCUCUGUGUCUCAAAGAAUUACUGACUCAAAUGUACCAUCUAAAUCUACUUCAAGAAGAUCUUCAGCUAUGCAAAGACCUAGUGAAUCCGAAGAACCAACUAGUAGUGUUGAUGGUACCUGGAGCAGAACACUAAGGUCUCGACCAACGAGUACUAAACAAAAGCGAAGAUUUUUUAGGAGAGAUGAACAUUCAAGUGAUGAUGAAGACUCAGACGAGCUUAAAAAUCAAUCAAUAACUACUAGCAGAAGAAAUGUUAAUGUUGACAGCAUUCAAGUGAUAGAACUGCCUCGAGAGCCGAGAAGUGGAACCUAUAGACCUCCUGUAACUCCAGCAUCAUCACCAGUUUCAUUAGUUUCUUCACCAGAGCCUCUUGAAACUAAUGAAGGCAUCUCUAGCAGUAGAAUUGUUUAAAUUCAGCCCUAUACUUAUUCAUUUACUCAUAGUCUUUUUGAAUGUUUUAUUUAAUUUAUAUCCUUAGUAAUAAUUAGAAUGCUAACUUAACGCUAAUAAUCAAUCAAACAUACUUUAUAAACAAUACUUAGCAAAGCACUAAGAUUUAGUGUGGAAUUUGAUAAUCGUGAUAUUAAUGAAGACGCCAUUUUGAAUCAUUAAAAAAAAAACAUUUGUCAUUAACCAACAU